AAUGAUAAAAGGUCACUGUGGGGUCACUGCCACCGUCCAAAAUUCUGUGUAAGAAAGAUGUUAUUAUUAGCUUGUAAAUGUCUCAACAUCAAGAUCUAUAUAAAACAUACAGAGAAUGAGUAUCUACAGGCAAAGGAACAGAAUCUCACAGAUGAAUAUAUGCCAACAGGGUUCUUUCCCUCAGGGGAAGUUGAAGUCGAGCUAGACACAAAGGGAAUAAAACAGGAGCAUGGUUACUUAGUGCAUCGUAGGAAACACGGUCAAUAUCUGGUUUUCCGGUGUCUCAAUUGUGGCAUGGAUGCUUAUGCUAUGCACAUCAAUGGAUCUCCGAUAGUUGCCAACAAUAACCUGCAGAGUGAUGCUACAUCCAUAGAAAGAUUGAAACAUGUAGCAGAGUAUUCACAGGUGUUUCAUGUGGUGCUACAAAACAAGGAUACUCAAUUAGGCUCAAUGCCAGACCCUAAGUCUUCAAGUUACGAGAAUGUUCAGUCCACGUUAAACAGCAUACAGAAACAGUUGACAGAGUUUAUCAUACAGGAGGAGGCGGCUGUAGAGGAGAGAAUCAGAGCAUAUGAAGAAAGUCAGAAAGAAGCCUUCCAAGAGUUACAGGCAAAGCUGAAAGAGGAAAAGAAACAGAUGAUAAGUCUGUUGUUGUCAUCAUCUCAGUUUGAGAAUAACAACACAGAGGAGACACAACGGAAAGAUUCUUCCAAAAGGUUAACAGAAGCAAGAAAAUCUCCAGCUAAAAAGAAGUCAUUGGGUCGUGUGAAGUCUUUACCACCAACAAUGGAGAAAGACCCAGAUGAUCCGUUAUUUUCAUUUGACGGUAUGGAGAGUGAGGAACCGUUCUACCCGGAUUCUUCCUCAGAUGAUAAUGAUGAUAAUGAUGAUUCAUUUGUUGAGGAUACACCAAGAAGAAGGUCUAAGCCAGAAAUGAUGUAUUCAUCGUCGGUUCCCGUCUCCGUGCCAACCUGGAACCGUCAACAACAUACUGACUUCCUGGAUGAAUCUGAGGAUUUGACGCCCUCGGAGCCGGAUCAGAUCGCAGCCAGUAUGCAAGCUUUGGCGCAGCAAAGUAUUACCGAUGAUAAUCGCUACAUUUUUGGUGACCGUCCACGCCCACGACUCAAUACCGGAGACUUUAGUAACCGAUGAAGUUGCGUUACGUUUUUACUGGAGAUUUCAGUGACUAAUAUUCAAUAAACUCCCAGAAUGCCUUUUUUCCUUCCAUAUGAGAUGUGACGAGUUGAAUCACUCUACUGGUGACUAGUGCAUUUAUUUUAUAAAUAGAUUAUGUCUACGACCAGAUUUGCAUAAAGUGUUGAUUUAAAUUUUUGAUUAUAUGUGUGAAAUUAACUAGGGACUCGCAGAAAAAGAUUGAUUUUAAUAAAAAAAACACUCGCAUACUUAACUUUGGAAUAUAUUGUUUAACAGAGGACUGUUAUGGAAAAGAUUUGAAGAAAAUGUAAUAUGUGAUGAUGUCAAAGCGAGAAAAAAACAGGAAAACAGAUUGAUGAAAGUACAAUGUUUUACAUUACACAUGUACAUAAAGGUGUUUUUUAGUGCCACUAAAUGUAGUUUAAGAAAAAAACUUAAGAUUAAAAAAAAAACUGAAAAAAAAAAAUCACUUUUUUAAUGAGAAAGAUUCAAAUCAAGUUUUUGGUGCAGGAAGUUGAAAGUGCUUAAAGGAGCUUAUAAAAAAAGAGCUUAAUAUUUUUUGGAUAUCGCCAAAUUAUAACAUGGUAGACUUUGGCAUAACUAUAUAUAUGAGUGCUUUUUUUUAUGCCAUGUAAAAUUUGUGUAAUCCGGUGAAUGGAGUACGGGAUGAAGAUGACGGUAUUCCAUAUAAUUCUUGGUUAUGAAUAGAAAUUGGUUAUUGGGAUUGGUUUGUGGUACAAAUAGAAAGUGAAAAGUAUAUGCAAAGGACAAUUCCAUAUAAAAAUGGCAAAGUUUGAAAUCAAAAUGUGUUGUGAGGUAUAGAUAUAGUUUCAUUGGGUAAACGUUUCAGGAGUAUUUUUGAAUUUUCACGAUUUUUUAGAUACCAUAAUG